GGUACCGUUGCAGAUCACCAACAGGGGCUAGUUUGCUAGCAGAAUAGAUAACUGGAGCCUGCUAGUUUUUUAUUUUCGCAAGUCUGAAGGCAGUAGCAUAGGCUGGUUGUUGAUUUAGAAAGAAGUCGUAAACUGCAUAGACAGGAUGUCCAAUUGUGUCUCUUUUCAUGCACAACUAGCCUCCAUCAUGGAGGUACUAGCUAAAGCCGCCGUGGCAGAAAUUUGCGAACUUGUGGACGAUGGCUAUGCCGUUUUGCGAUUGGAAAUAUCUCGAAGGCAGAAAGAGAACGAGGCUUUGAAAAAGAAAUUGCAUAUGAUGGAAAUGCGAAUCGCGAGAGGUUUUAUCCAGAGACCACGAGCAACAGAGAGCCCUAUAAACGGUCAGUCAGGUGGCGCUCGUGUUUACAAUGAAUCAAGAGGAACAGCAAGUGUUCAGUUUCCAGUCGUUGAUGAUCUAUUCUGCAAGCAACCGAGCAUCAGUCUAUGGAGAGAUGGAGAGACCACGUCUGUUAACGAGGAACAGUCACCCAUGCAGUCAAUCGUAAGGGAGGAGUCUGCAGAUUUGGAUGAUGGAGUACCUGAAUCGCCGCUUAUUAAAAAAGAGACGCUGGAAGAGGACUUGGGAAAUGGGGAUCCCCAGGGAGCACUGAAAAUCAGUGAGGAGAGAUCUAUUGAGUCAGGCACUGAUGGUGGUGAAAUGGUUCCUGUUGCGGACACACAGACUGCACCUGCUGUAGACACAGAGGAGCUCACUGAACAGAACAGGACCAGACACAGUGUGUGGGAGGACAGUGGACUGGACACUGCCCUCAAAGCAGAGCCAGCGAUCAAUGGUGUGAACCAGAGGCUCCGGGAUACAGGAUGUGAAAUUGGUGCAGGAAGACUGAACAGCCUGAGCAAUGAGUAUACUUUGUAUGAGAGACCCUCUCAGCUGGACACCUUCUUCCCCCAGCAAACAUCUGAAACAGAGACUGAGAGUCCUGCAUGCUCUUAUGCUUCUAAAACCACCUCAAAGAGCCGGUCAUUUCACACAGAGCUACAGCUUGGGCCUGCUGCAGCAAAAGAUGCCAGUAAAAGUCUGCCGCCUUUAAGCUCUCUUGAUGGAAUGCACUCUAGGGCAUUUGAAGCAGAGGCUGAUAUGCGCUCUGUAUGGAACAGAGACCCUCUGUCAGGAUCAAUUUAUACACAAUGCAGACAUAACAAAAAAGACUGGGAAACUGAAAAAUUGCAUCCAGAAAAUGUCACCAACAUUUAUCCCCCACACAUCCAGAUGGCACCAAGAGAGGAUACAGAGGGUUCAAAAUCCAAGCCAGCAGCCUUGAACAGGUAUGCACCCUGUGAUGAAAGUCUCACUACAUCAAUAUGCAUGAAUACCCCUCGCAAAGUUGGUUCAAGAGAGAGACGUUUCAUCUGUACCUUCUGUGGGAAGAGUUUCUCCUCUCCGCAGAAUCUUGAAACACAUGUGAGAGUUCACACAGGGGAAAGACCAUUCAGCUGUGCACAGUGUGGGAAAAGGUUCACCCAGUCUGGUCAUCUAAAAACGCAUCAGAGUGUUCAUACUGGAGAGAGACCAUUUAUGUGUACGCAUUGUGGGAAGAGGUUUGCUGGCAAACAAAACCUUAAAAUACAUCAACAGAGAUAUCAUCCAGCUGAAUCUGUUGGAUGAGCAUCACACUCAGGGGUUAUGAAUAAGUUGCUUGUUAUGUAAUUCUCAGAGUAUGGGAUGAUGUUCAUGAGAAUGGCCUUCUGAAAAACACAUGUAGCAUUUGAAAAUGUAACAGAUAUAUUGAUUGAUGUUUGAAAUGUCUCAUGUCAAACAAACUAUGAAGCAUGACUAUUUUGCUAGUCUUUUUUUUCUUUUUUGCUUUAAAUAUGUUGAAUGGACUCUUUUGAGGACACCAGGCGUUUAUUGCU